GCGGCGGGGCUGUGCCGGGCCUGGCGGGGCUGGGCCGGCGCUGCGGUGAGGCCGCGGCGCCAUGAGCGGGCGGGCGGAGGUUAAAGUGAAAAUACCUUUUGGAAACAAAUACCUUGAUGCUAUCUUUUCUGUCCCAGAGAAGAAGCCAACAUAUGGAGUGAUUCUUACUCAUGGAGCUGGAGGAGACAUGAAUUUCCCUCACUUAGUGUCCUUAGCAGCCUAUCUUGCAUCCCAUGGAGUUCUGUGUCUGCGGUUUACUUGUAAAGGCCUUAAUGUUGCCUACAGGACUAAGGCUUUCAAAGCAGUUGUGGAAUACUUAAAACUUUGUGAAGAUUAUAAACUUUCUGGUGUUUUCCUUGCAGGCCGUUCCAUGGGCUCACGAGCUGCUGCCUCUGUGAUACAUCAGCUGAGCCAGGGUGAUGAUGAUGAUGGCUUCAUUCAAGGUCUCCUGUGUUUAUCUUACCCAUUGCAUCGACCAAAACUGCAGUCCAAGCUCCGGGAUGAGGAUUUAUUACUGAUCACGUGUCCGGUGCUGUUUAUCUCAGGAUCGGCAGAUGAGAUGUGUGAAAAACAAUUGCUAGAAGGUGUGGUGAGAAAAAUGAAAGCCCCUAAAAAAAUCCAUUGGAUUGAUAAAGCAAACCAUGGGAUGGCGGUCAAAGGACGAACAGCAGAUGAUGUCAUGGAAGAAGUAAAUGCACAAGUUUUUUCUUGGCUUAGAGAGAAUGUUCAACUGCAGCACAAAUAAUUUGCAGUGUUUGAGCAAUAUCUUAAUUUAGUUUUUCCUAAAUGUGGCAAACAAGGGGUUUGUUAUUUUUUAGAGGCUUUUUUUUUUUUUAACUGAUGUUUUCAGAUGUCUAAGUGCAAAUGCAAAUAAAGCUUUGUAUAAAUAAAAAAAAAAUGCAAAACAAUAAAAAAUACCUGAAGGACAGAAAAUACAUCAUGGCAGCAUUGUUCUGUGUUUCUAUGCAAAUAUCCAUAUACAACACUUGGGAAUGCAGAGGAUUAAGUAAUGCUUUUGACUAAUAUUUGAAGUAAUAUACUGGAAAAAAUCUAUUUAGACAGCAUAUCUUUAGGGUUCCUCAAUUUUUGAGUAUAUUACUGAUGCUGUAUUCACUUGCAAUUAAAACCUACUGCUUUUUAGGCUUCUGCCAGCACAUCCCCUGAGGCUGGUGAGCCUGGUGUACAAAUAUGUACUUUGCCUUGGUUCUAUGUGCUGGCCUUCCAGGUGCUUCCAAACCUGUGAGGCAGGGAGAGGAAUCUCUGGUUGGUCACAGUGUCUGCCACCUUAGGGAGCCAGAUUCUGCCUGUGUGAGGAGGAGGAGGAGGUAAUGCAGGCACAGCUGGACAAGUGGAGUAAAGAACAUGGCUCAGUUUUAAGAAGUCCCCUUCGCCAGUGUCCUUUGUGUAAAGGACUGAUCACAGAGGCCUUCUGAUAAAUAAAAACUGAUAGAUAAAUUAUGUUCAGUGAUGGAGGAACUCCUGGAGCAGGAACCAGUUCUGCAUCCAUUGUGACAGGAGAAACUCGGGUGCCUGUCUGAGCACUGACAGUGGAGAGUGGAUUAAACACUGUGUGUACUGGCAGCUGCAGCCUUUCUCAUUACGGCCUGUGAGUAACCUGUUGGUAAACCAAACCUACAACAAUACUGGAAUUGUGCUUUUCCUUCAUGUUAACAAGAUUUAUUAUGGACCCCACAGCAUUGCCCCUUCUGAGAGAAUCUCAAAGAUGAAAGUAUGGUCUGAAAAAUUAUGCCUUUGGAUAGAUGGAUGGAUAGAGUGAGUGAGUGAAUGAGUGAGUGAAUAGGGGAGAAGAUGUACAAUCCUCAUCUGCCCUUAUUUGCAGAACAGUUUCAUGUUUGUGAAAAGACUUACAAGCAUGAGUAAAAAGUAUCUGCAUUUCCAAGGUAACUCAGGACAGGAACACAUGACUGAUACAAACAUGAUUUUUAUUAAAAAAAAAAAAUUAUAAAAAUGUGUUUGAAUAAGGCUCUGCCACCACUGCAUGAUAAAAAGGAAACCAGGGGUGCUUUGUUUUCUUCCAUACAUAGAUCUUGAAAUGGUAGACUUUAAAAUAUCCACUGACAUUAUCCACGGGCAUACUAAACCAGAUUUUUGUUUUUUCUUUAAGAAGACAGUCUGAAUUUAGGUAAAUACUGAAAAAAAAAUAUUUACUUCUGUCAGAGUUCAUCUUUGGCCUGCAGUGAAAAAAGAAGAAACAUGUUUUAGUUAACUGGAAGCCUAUUUUUCACUGUCUAGUCUUGCAAAUACAUCAAGAAGUGUUUCUAAGUUCGAUAGGUGUUAAUGGCCUGGCCUGAUAACUGAUACUAAGGGGCACUGAGCAGCCCUGCUGCCGGGGCUGAGCAGGAACUGAAGACACUCAGCACUUUCCAUUUAACUCUGCAUGGGCUGUACCUUUUUUCGGUGGCAAGUGCAUGGGAAAAGGUCAUCAUCGGGCUGCUGCACCUUCUCCAUCCCAUCUCUGAUUUUUGGUUCACUCACUUGCAAGCCAGCAUAUUCCU